AGGAGAAAAAUUAGCGCUUCAAAACCCCAACAAAAAUAAAAAAAGAUUCUCUCUCUCUCUCCCUCCUGCUCUGCUCUCUCUCUACUCCCCAUCGAUCGUCCUGCUACUUCUCUCUCUUAAUUUCUCGGCGGGGUUUAGCGGCGGCGUUUGAUCCUCGGUUGCUGCGGACCAUCGGGAAAGCAAGAGAAGGGAGAAGGAUCUCGACGCCGGGAGCUUUUGGUCUUCCGAGAGAGGAAUACGCUAGUCCUUGGAGAUGGAAGCCGAACAGACUGCAGAACUAAGCUCUGUAGAGCCGACUAAUCUUAAGUCAGCUGAUAAGAGUUUGGUACAUGAUGAUGACAAAGAAAAUAUAGUAAACGGGAAUUCAAAUCCGAAAGUGAUGGAAACACACAAUUAUGAAGAUGAUGGAACAGGGUCUGAUGGUUUUGAGCUGGUGGAUGUGAAGGAAAACUUUGAUUCGGCUAAAAUGGUGGAGAAAGAAAGGGAAAGUGGCAAUGUCUCACCUUUGACAAAGGGAAGUCCCAAAGAGGAUGAAGCAACUGCAGAAUCUGCCAUGUUGAACCAGGAAACAAAACAAUUGGAAGAAUUAUCAAAGCGCAUUGAAGAGCUUGAAUCUGAAAAGCACAAAUUGAUGAUGGAUAUGACAGAAGCAGAAAAUAAACAGGCACUGCAAUACAGUUCUCUGCAAGAAGCACAACGAUCUCUCAGUGAUAAGGAUAAAGAGCUGGCGGAUGCAACACAAUCACUGAGCGAGCUGGGAUCUGAGCUUGAAAUCUCGAAAAGGAGGAUUCAGGAAAUUGAGGCCCAAUUAGAUUCAUCCGCUGAUAAGCUCCACAAGCUUGAAGAGCUGAAGGAUGAAAGAAGCUUGCAUGCUGCGCAGGAGGCGAAGAGGGCUGCAGAACUUGAUAAGAUGCUGGAAAUGGCUCAGUUGAGCAUGAAAGAUAUGGAAAACCAGAUAAGUGAUCUUCAGGAGGAGAUAAAGGGACAUCAAGAUAAGGCCAUAGACCAUCAGCAAGUAGAAGAAUCACUGAGUACCACAAUCUCACAAUUCAAGAUGGUACAAGAGGCACUGGAACUGUCAAAAUCACAAGUUGCUGAUUUGGAGCAGAAGCUUGCCUCUCAGGAUACUAACAUCAGUAAGCUCACUGAAGAGUUGAGUCUCCAUUGUUCAUCUGAAGAAUCGCUGAAGGAAGAAAGUCUUAAACUAGAGACUGAACUCGCUGCCGUGCAUGAAGCGUUACAAGCAAAGCUUCUGACUUUGCAAGAAGUGGAGAUGAAACUGGAAGAGCAGGCAAAGGAUAAACAGACAAGUGAAGCUACACUGGAGAAGCAACGGGUGCAGAUACUCCAUUUGCAGUCUGGGCUCGAUGAAUUAAAUGAUGAAAUUGUAACUCUCAAAGGCACUCUAGUUGACUCUAAUUCGAAAUUAUCAGAGAGAGACUCAAUGCUGCUCCAGGCUGAAGAGGAUCAUGCUAAAACACAAUUGCUCCUGUCUGAAGCAUUGUCACAUAAAGAAGAACUGGAGGUAAAUCUGAAAUCCAUCAGUGAUCAGCAUGGUGAGUCCAAAGCUGUCGCUGAAGAUGCAAACCAGAAGAUUCUCGAGCUUGAAGCACAAAUCCAGGAUCUGCAUGCAGCUGAAGAGACUUUGAAGUCACAGCUGGAAGAGGCUAAGGCGAGCAUUGAACUUGCAGAGAAAAAAAGUUCUGAUCUUGAGAAACAGCUUAGCGAAUCAGAGAAUAAAUUAGUCACUUCAAGUGAACAAGUAAAGUUGCUGGAAGAGCACAUUCAUCAAGAAGUAGCUUCUUCAGCAGAAAAAGAAAAACAGCUUGAAGAAGCAGUAAAGAGUGCAGAGGCAUACCAAGAAAAAUUGAAUGAGUUGCAAUCUUCUCUGGAUUCCUCGACAUCUAAAAACCAGCUACUUGAACAAGAAGUCAAGGAUCUGACUGAAAGAUUCUCAGAGCAUCAACAGCAAGCCCAUUCUGUUCAUGAAAGAAGUCUUGAACUGAAGAGCUUACUUGAUACAUCAAAGUCUGAUGCUGAUGGUGCACAUUCCCGGAGGCAGGAGCUUGAGCAGGAGCUCGAUACCACACAUGCAAAGUUAAAGGAGGUUGAAGCAGAACUAGCACAGUACAGAAGCAAGGUUUCACACCUUUCCGAUGAUCUAGAAGCUUACCAAACAAAAGCAGCUAGUCUUGAAACUGUGAUGGAAGCUGCAAGCAGAAAGGAAAAAGAGCUUAUGGACUCACUAGGCCAAAUUACUGAAGAAAAGAUGAAACUUGAAGAACUAACGGCAGAAUAUGAAGAAAAAUUUCAAGAACACUUGAAGGAAAGGAUUUUGUUUGAAGAGAGGGUGCAGAGCCAAGAAUUGAAGGUGCUUGAUUUAGAAGAGUUGUUGGCAAAACUGAGAGAAGAAAAAGAAAGUGAUGAAAACACCAUUGCUAAUCUGAACAUGCAACUGUCCAAUAAGAAUGAACUGUAUGUGCAAUUGGAGUCCCAGUUAAGCCAGGUUGGAGAUGAUCAUAGCAAAACAAGAUCGCUUCUCUCUGAUGCACAAGCACACAAAGAGGAACUAGAGCUAAAUUUGAGAUCUCUUAAUGACCUGCACACUGAAUCCAAAACAGCCGCAGAGUCUGCAGUGCAGAGGACUGCAGAGCUUGAAAGUCUAGUUGAGGAAUUAAGUGCAGCUGAACAAAGUCUGAAGUUGCAGCUUACUGAGUUUGAGUCAAAGCUAGAAUCUUCUGAGAAGAAGAGCACAGAUCUUGAGCAAGAGCUUAAAGAUGCGACCGAUAAAUGCAAUGAUUCCCGUGUGAAGGUUGAUGAGCUUUCUGGGGAACUCGAAGCAAACAAGGAGAAAUUGACAAGUCUUGAGGCUUCAUUGGUAGAAGCAAACCAAAAGGAGGCCGAAUUGUCAGAGAAGUUGGCUCAAGCUAAUGAAGAAAAGCAGGAGUUUGAAGAACUGUCAAAGAAGGCCACCAUAGCGCAUUUGGAAGCAGAGAAGCAGGUCCAGAUUUUACAGAGUGAUCUAGAUUCUGCACGAGGUAAAAUGGAAGAGGUGGAGGGUGAUCUUCGGGCCCUGGGUGUUAGAGAAAGCUCAGUACUUGACAAGCUUAAAUCUGCAGAGGAGCAGCUUGAGCACAGCGGGAGGGCACUAGAACAUGCCACUUCUAAGAAAAUUGAUCUAGAAUCUCUGUACCAGUCUUUACUUGAAGAUACAGAGAUGAAACUCCAACAAUCAUCAGACAACUUGACUCAGAAGGAGACAGAAUGCCAGGAACUGUCUGAAAAAUUGAGGUCGGCCGAGGAACAAGUGGCAUCUUAUCAAGCAAAAGCAGCUGCAGCCAUUGAAGAGGCGGAAUCAAUGAAGGUGGAGCUCGAAGCCUUUGAAAAUGAGAUUGCUACUCAUGAGACCACCAUUGAGGAAAUUAGGAGCAAGGUCUCCGAUUCUGAGUCGAAGGCUGAGCAUGCGUUGGCUGAGAGUGCAAUAUUGAGUGGGGCAAAUCAGGCCCUGAAAGAAGAACUUGAUGCUAAGCUAGCCAUGCUUCAUGACCUGCAAGAGCAGUUUAAUUCUACUCAUGCUGAAAAGGAAGAUGUUGUUUCAAAGCUAGAUGAGCAUGGAAGAACGAUAGAACAUUUGACUGAGGUGCACAGUAGAGGCUUAGAACUCCAAUCUGCAUCUGAGUCAAGGAAUGCAGAAGUUGAAGCUCAAAUACGUGAAGCUCAUGACACAAUAGUACAAAAAGAUCUAGAAGUUAAGGACUUGAAUGAGAGACUGAUUGCACUUCAGUCUGAAACUGAAAGUUUGAUGCAUGUGAAUGAAGCCUUGAAGCAGGAAAUCAAUGCUAAGCUGGUCAUGGUUGAUGAGCUACAGGAGAAAGUUGCGGCUAUGAGUUCUGAAAAAGAAGAGGCUGCAGAAAAGCUGGCUGUUCAUGAGAAAACAUUAAAUCAUUUGACAGAAGAGCACUCAAGGGGCUUGGAGCUCCAGUCUGCUGCUGAAACGAGGAAUGCAGAAAUUGAGAGCCAGUUGCGUGAAGCUCUUGAGACGAUUGCACAUAAAGAAGCUGAAGUUGCAGAAGUCAAGGAAAAGCUGGUUUCUCUUGAAGCCGAGAAUGCGAAACUGGUUGGUGCGAAUGAGGGCUUAAAUGGGGAUGUGGUUGCCCAGGUGGCCCUGUUUAAUGAGUUACAGGAACGGUUGAACGCUACUCAUGCUGAAAAGGAAGAAGCUGUAGAGAAGCUAGCUGUUCAUGAGGGAACGAUCACACACUUGACAGAGGUUCACACAAGAAACUUGGAGCUUCACUCUGCAGCUGAAUCAAAGAAUGAAGAAAUCGAAGUUAAGCUGCGUGAAGCCCUCGAGACAAUAUCACAAAAAGAAGCUGAAGUUAAAGACUUGAGCAAGAAGCUGGAUGCUCUUGAGACUGAGUUGGGAUAUUAUGAAGAACGGGCAACUGAAGCUGCUGCCAAUGAAGAAAAUCAUAAGGUUAAAUUUGAUGAAGCUGUGCACAAACAGAAGAGCCUAGAAGCACAGCUUGCAGAAACACAAAACAAGGUUGAACUUUUCUUUACAGAAAAAGAAAACUUGCUUAUUGCAAAUAGUACUUUGAAUGAGGAGCUGGAAGUAAGUCAGAACAAGUUGCAUGAAUUACAGCUGGCACUUGCUGCUGCAGUAGCAGAGAAGCAGGGGUCAUCUGAAGAGAUUCAUUCAUUGCGAAAAACACUAGAUGGCAUGAUUCAACGCAAAGAAGAACUGGAAAGCCAGGUAUCGUCUGCACUGGAAGAUCAUGAAGAACUGAAGAGCAAGUACCAAGGUACAGUAGAAGAGAAGCAAUUGUUGAAUGGCAGAUAUGAGACUGCAAAGAAAGAACUUGACGAAGCAAUAGCCAAGUUGGAGGAGAAAAUGAAUUUGGAGAAGUCAGAAAAAGAAAUGCACAUUUCAAAACUUGAGAGACAAAUUACAGUCUCAGAGCUAAAAUACAUGGAGGAGAUCCAGACCAUGCAAGUUGAAACAACCGAGAAGGGGGAAGCGCUUACAACCAAGAUGCAGGAGCAUGCAAAAUUAGUCCACGAAAAAGAUGAGUUGGAGCAACAGUUGCUGGAAAUUAGAAAGGAACUGGAAGGUGCUUACCAUACAAUAGCAAGUCAGGAAGAGCAAACUUCAGUGAGGGAGAUAAAAUGGGAUGCGUAUAGGAAGUAUUCAGCGGAUCAGUUAGAAGCUGAACAGCAACAUGCUGCAGAACUGGAAGUACAAGUAUCAGCUCUUAAACAACAACUGCAAGAAGCUGAUAUUCACUACAAGAACAAGGUAACAGAAGAGAGAGAGAAACUUGCUCUCGUCAAUACAGAGCUCAACAAGUUGACGCAAAAUUUGAGUAAGAGCGCUGAAAUGGAGAUGAAGGUACAGGACCUUGAGCAGAAGUUGCAGGUAGCUUAUUCCAAAUCCGACGAACAGGUAAAGGAUACAGUGGUAUCAACGAGAUCCCGAGAAUUCAGUCUGGACUCGUCCGCGCUGCAAAACAAACAACUCGGCAGUUCUCAGGCUCCUGACACAGCCUCUCCAAACCUGAAGCAGCAACAAAUGCCAGAACCAUCUGGUAUCAUGGCCUUCAAGUUCAUCCUGGGAGUGGCCCUGCUGUCUGUGAUCAUCGGUGUAUUCCUUGGAAAGAGAUACUAGUGCAGUUCCAGUUCUGUGAAGGUCACUUGGUGCCCCAUGGAAAAUCCCAUUGUUAAAAGUUAAAACUGCUCAUGUGAACCUAAACUACUCUAGCUGAACAAAACAUAGUUUGUGAGAUUUGGUGGAUUGCAUAGGAACGGAUUGAUGACUCUUAGGGAGAAGUCAGAAAUCUGAAAGUUUUUAUUUCCCGUCUUGGUGCAAUUUCCCUUUAUUUUAUCUUUGGGCAGCUGGAGCUGGGAAUUUGAUUUUUGUUCAUUCCUAUCCUUUGCAUGCAGAAGGCCAUAUGCAUGCAAUUGGUUUCGCUGUCAAUGAGCUUGUGUUUACAUCUCUCUGUAAAGAAAAGUCAGAUAUCACCAUGGUUUUGAAAUAUGAAGCCUCUUCUAAUUUGUUAAUAGGAAGAGUGUGAGUUGUAAUAUACUCUCUCCGUUCCAUAAUUCUUGUCGAAAUAUUACAUUUAUCUA